AUGUAUUAUAUUUGGUCUAAAAUCAGUGGUCUAUUACUAAAAUACAAGGGUGUCUUUAAGAGGAAUUAUCGCUCGAAUGCUGUUUACGAGACCCGCAAUUGGGAUCCGCGGAAAGGCUGGUCUUAUAAUAACACCACAAAUAGUAGUAAUGACUAUUUGGAGGCAACUUCUAUUGAGACAAAGUGUUGCAUUGAUUGCUGGCAAGUGGUCGACCACUUGAAUGCCUGCACCGAUGCUCUCAGGAAUGAUCUGAAGAUCUGCAGAGAAGGCAUCGACCAAUCAAAUCAAAAAGCCAUUGAAGCCAUCAAAGAGUCCAACAAUGAUCUUAAGAAAGCUUUGACGGAAGCCAUUGAUAGAUCCCAUUCUGAUAUCAAAACUCAAUCUAUUUGGAGAUUCAAAUCCAUACCGAAGCAAUAUAUUGACCCAAAAGGAAAGGCUGUCCUUAUCACAGGAUGUGAUUCAGGGUUCGGCAACAAACUGGCACAACGUUUAGCAAUUAAAGGCUAUCAUGUAUUUGCUGGAUGUCUGUUCCCAAAUGGUAGAGGUGCUCAAGACUUGAAACAAGAAUUCUCACAAAAUAUAACUAUUAUUCCGUUGGAUGUAACCAAAGAUGAAAGUGUAUUCAAUGCCAGAAAACUAAUGCAAAAUUCACUCAAAGACAAAGAACUGUGGGCUCUGGUGAACAACGCGGGGAUAUUGUCAUCAUUUGAGAUAGAGUUUGGAGACAUGUCUUCGUUUAUAUCACAAAUGGAAGUCAAUUGUUUGGGAACAGUUAGAGUGACAAAAGCAUUUCUACCACUUUUGCGGUUAUCAAAGGGUCGUGUCAUAAAUAUGGCGAGUCUUGCGGGACGUUUCGCCAUCCCUGGGAUGGUUGGCUACUGUAUGUCCAAAUGUGGUGUCAUAUCCUUCUCGGAUGGACUCAGACGUGAAAUGAAGAAAUGGGAGAUCGAUGUCAUCUGCAUUGAACCCCAUCUCUUCAGAACCAAUUUAGUGAAUGGAGUGAACCAUAACUCGGCACUAAUCCAAGCGUGGGAACAGACUCCUCAAGACAUCAAAGAAGCUUAUGGUGACUCUUAUUUUCAAGGAUAUCAAGCAUUACUUAAUAAGGCAUUGGAUACGGCCAGACCUGCUGUGGACAAUGUGGUCGACACUAUGUUUAAUGCCGUCACAAAUAAGUCAGUUUCCGCUAAUUAUAGAGUUUUGGGUCCAAUAGAAAGACUCAGGGUUUGGAUGUUUGAGUAUUUAUGGCCCACAAGAGCUCUCGAUUGGGUCUCAUAUAUCGGUUGCAUUUGGGCCACAGGUUUGCCACAAAUGUUGGCCAAUAAAUACAUCAAGAAAUCUAAUUAA